GUGGUUUUAACACCGCGUAGAAUUUUUUCUAAAGAGAUUUCGUUGCAACGAAAGUUUUCAUUUACUUAUGGAGGAUUAUAUUUAAAUUUUGCGGUAGUACCGCCUGGUGCCUAAAGAGCAUUACUAAUGUUUCAUAGUAUUCUCUGCAGUGCGUCGUACUGCGUACAGCUGCUCGGCGUGCCGAGGGUAAUGAAUCACCGGACCCGGCAGACUUGUAAACACUCGAGGGUUGCAUCGCUCUCGCUGUCCACUUGCCGACCUUUCCUGUUCCAAUAUAUCCGCAGUGAAAGAUACAGUCAAGGAUAAAGGGAGAUGAGUGAUGGAGUGGCGGCCUUCAAGGUUCCGAAAACCGUUCCCGCUUCCACAUGUCCGGUAGUCGGCCGAUCGGCGUCGCCGCUCACCUCGACGAAUGGUCGAUUCACUCCCCACAACUGAAAGAUGUUUGCCUUAAAAAAGAGAAUGCAUUGAAAAGAUCCGACGUGAUAUAAGAAAGUGAGACCAAGAGAGAUAUCUUGUGAUACUUCAGCAACUCGUGGAGCAUUGAUCUCACGCGGAGCAAUUCACGGCAUAUUCCUCUCGAUGACGCCAUUUUGUUUCCGUCACGAGACCGUUUGUCCCAAUGAGCCAUCUGGCUAAAUAUAAGAAUUCCGAAGAUAAGUGAUACAUAGAGUGAAUCGUCGGGUGUUAGGACUUGAAUCGGAUCGCCUGGCAAGAAUGGUGAAUCAUCGGACUUGGCAGACGCGUAAACACACGAGGGUUGAGAGAGAGAUCAUCCCGGGCAGGUAGUGCUCUCGCAACAUUCUUGCAGCAUUCUCGUACCGCUGCCGCCGGCUACGCCGCCGAGGCGGGACCAGCCCGGUGCAGCUGCACUUACAGUUGUAUGACCUUUUCGAUGCCACACAGUCGGGCCGAACAUUGCCAACCUCAUACACCAAACGCUACUUUAAAGCCCCGCCGGAGAAACCUGAAAAAUGCUGCGCCUUCAGAUAACGGAAGAGCUUAGAACUUCUGGUUCACCUCCCCCUUGACCUCCUUCUACAAAUAACGGAUAUCGAAGACCCCGAGUCUACAUACAAGAUAAAGUAUCACCAUGAGCAGUAGAUGACUGUCAGCCGAGCUGCUGCUCGUCCAACUUUAACAUGAGCGAAGUAGCGUCUGUCAUAGUGCCCACUAGUGGUCCAAUUCGGCAAGAAACUGUGGCACAUACUAAAAAGCAUAAGCUCGCAAAUUGCAAUGUUCCUUUAGUUCACGGAAGACCAAAUCCUCCUGUCAGUGUCUGCAAUAGACUGACAACUCAUCAACGAAAUCAUAGCUUGGACUUCAGGUCAAUGGGAAUCUUGUUGCCACCGGUCCCACAAGUAACUGCGACCACCUUGACGCUGCAUCACAGGAAUCGAAGUCUUGAUUCCGCGUUACAGAGAAUCCCAGAGGUAGACGUAACACCAAGUCCGGAAUGCGAGACGAAUCCUGCUCCUGCAAUUAAGGCAGCUCCUCCUAUCAAAGGACGCAGCAGAGAACGAGAGGACCUUGCUAGCUUGGGAUCCGAUGACUCUGGGAUUUUGUGUGGUUCGGACAGUGGUUCCAGCGAUGCUGCACUAGCAACAACGAGGGAAUCCAGCAUCGAUCAUUUGCAUAGCCGGGAAAGCUUGGACUCAUCGUUGUCGCAAGCUGGUGACAUGGAAAGUGUCGACGCAGUGGACUGCGAAGAGAGCGUCGCGUCGGUGUCUCCCCUUGAAGUAGUGUUAAGUGAUGCCCUGCGUAAAGAGUGUAAGAGCAGUGAUAGUGUCUCUCCGAGUGUCGAGGACAGUGAUCAUGUGCCCAAAGAGUUGCCUAACGGCGAUUGUUUGCCCAAAGAACCACAGCGCAAUGACUGUCAGUCCAAAGAACUACGUAAUGACGAGGUGCAAGUCCUCGUGGACUAUCAAAACUCCCUCGAGGUGGCGGUGCAAAGAGAGCUGGCUGGUGCUGCGAUGACAUUGUGCUGCGGCACUGGCCAGCCAGAUGCGGAAACCGUCAAGAAGCCCCUGGAAAUCCGAAGGCAGGAGACAGCUCAGCCGAAACCCUCCGAAGGAUGCCUACUCAGGUUAUUCGAAAGUCAGAUCUUUGACAUGUCGAUGGCCAUUUCUUACCUUUUCAACUCUAAGGAACCAGGCGUUCAGAGUUACCUAGGUAACAAGAUGUUUAGCUUCCCCGAUAACGAGGUGGAUUUCUACUUGCCCCAGUUGGUUUUGAUGUACAUACAAUUACACGACGUUACGGAGGUUCUGUAUCCAUAUCUUGUGCACAGGUGUAGGCAGUCGGCAGAUUUCUCGUUGAAGUGUGCCUGGUUGUUGGACGCGUACAGUUCCGAUGCUCAUCUUCCAUCGAAAAAAAAGUCUCACGGGACCAAGCUUAAAAAUCUGAUUCUCUCCGACGAGCUUAGGCCAAAGGGGAACGAAACGGCGAAGAAGCAACGUAUCCUCGGUCUUCAGGUUCCCGUGCCGCCACCAUUACCCAUCCCUCAGCUCGUGACUUCCCCUAACAAGAAAACCCACCAAAGAUCGCAGUCCGAUGCCACCGGACUCUUCCAGACGCUUCGUCGUAGUCACUCUGGUCUAACGAAUAAAGUGAGUCUCGGGGACCUGAGCUCUGGACGAGCGUUCGAUAACGGAUGUACCUGCUUUGACUCCUGCCAGGGGGUAGUUAACGACCUGCGAGGACAAAAGACCGACUGCGUGUGUAACGCUCCAAGGCUCGCUCCGGAACUCGAGUUUAUCCGGGCGUUGAUAUCAAUUGGCAAACUGCUCGGCACCAUACCCACGAAGGAGAGCAAAACCGUUCAGCUGGUUGCCGAGUUGAAUACCCUUAAUGUGAAUCUUCCUGCGAGAGUCUGGCUUCCUCUGCAUAGCACGGUUCCGCAUCAUAUCGUCAGAGUGCCACCGCAGUACGCUGCGGUGUUGAAUAGCAAAGAUAAGGCACCAUACAUAAUCUACGUUGAGGUCCUAGAAGUGGACGACCUGUACACCUCGCCGGUACCGACGAAGAUCAUGGGUAGCUCGUUGAGACACACCAAGUCCGAGGAAAACCUGACCGGAGGGGAACCCUCCAAUCCAGCUUCCUCGAGCGUCUCGAGCUCUGAGGUCCAACAGAACAUCGUGGCCACAGCGCUGAGGCAGACCCCAGUCAAGUCCAGCUAUUCGGUCAGGAGCGUCGACGUUGCAUUUAAUUUCCCCGACGACGACCCCAACGACUGCUGGAGCCAGGAGGACGACGAGAUCACGCAACAGUACCUGCAGUUGCGCAAGCCAAAGGACAGGGACAGCAUAUCGCAGUUGAGUCAAGAGUCUUCCGACAGUCGCGAGCCGAUUUUCGUCCCUGGGGACAUAAAGAGGCGACUCAGCGAGAUGGCAGCCACGCCUAGCACUACCUUCAACCACGAUCCCGAAGACCCAUCGGCCGCCGUGUUGAAGGAGCCCUGGGAACUCAAGCAGCGACGCAUCAGGGCGUCCAGCCCUUACGGUCAUCUCGCUUCCUGGCGUCUUCUGGCCGUAAUCGUCAAGUGCGGGGACGAUCUCAGGCAGGAACUUCUUGCCUCGCAGCUACUCUCGAUGCUGCAGAGGAUCUGGCAGGACGAGCACGUGCCCCUGUGGGUACGACCGUACAAAAUCCUGUGCCUGUCGAACGACAGCGGACUGAUCGAGCCCAUCCUGAACACGGUGUCCCUCCACCAGGUCAAAAAGCACUGCCAGCUGACGUUGUUGCAGUAUUUCGAGCGCGAAUUCGGACCGCCCACUUCGGAAGGAUUCAUCACGGCCCAGAAGAAGUUCGUCCAGAGUUGCGCGGCGUACUGCCUUGUCAGCUACCUUAUCCAGGUCAAGGACAGGCACAACGGUAACAUCCUUCUACACAGCGACGGACACCUCAUCCACAUAGACUUCGGCUUCAUCCUUUCUACGUCGCCCCGGAAUCUGGGCUUUGAGACCUCGCCCUUCAAGCUCACCCCCGAGUUCGUCGAGGUGAUGGGCGGGAACCAGUCCAAGAUGUUCCAGGAGUUCAAGAGUCUCAUCCUCCAGGGCCUCGUUGCGGCGAGGAAGCACAUGGACAAGAUCGUCAACCUCGUGGAGAUCAUGCUCUCGGGUUCUCAGCUACCGUGUUUCCGGAGUGGCGGCGCCGCCACGAUACAGUGUUUGAAGAACAGGUUCCAUCUUACUUUGACCGAAGACCAGCUACGUAGACAUGUUGAGGACCUCGUCGAGGGCAGCAUACACUCCUGGUCGACGAAGCUGUACGACCGUUAUCAGUACUUUGCCAACGGCACUCUUUAAUCCGACUUGAGUGCACCCGAUGUACAUACGGACACGCAAUCCCUCGAGAACAUCGCUCGACGACCUCCUCGAUGGGACCUGAAACGCCCUUCUGACGAGCGAGACUUCGCCCUCGUGGAGAGUUAACCUCCUCGAUGAGCUGCGUAAACUUCUCAGCAUUCCAGAACUUCGCCGCGGGUGUUCCGUGGAUGUGUGCUAGAACGGGACAAAUCGGAGACUAUUGAGAUACGAGGACUCUUGGUGUGAGUUGCCUUUCUACGUUUUGCGUUCAAAGUGAUGUUCCUGUUGAAAAUGAUGCCAGGGGAUUAUUCGCGUUACUUGGCACUUCUCUUCUUUUGCCGAGUUUCAUUGAACUUUGUUUCACAGGAGUGCUUCGCUUCAGUGUCGGGAUGGGCCGUUCGUAAAGUUCCUUGGAGGUGUCACUGUUUUUCCCCUCCUUUUCUUGAGAAAUUCAGUUUAUCCGUCGAGGCUGAAUGAGUGAUUGUGUUGUGUUCGAUCUCUGUUUGACAGUCGAAGGGGUAUCAAGAAACCGGUGUAGUCAGUAAUAAACGGCGCUUGUUAUUUAUUUACGUCAUGUGGUCAUUUGUUAACGUCAAGAGCUUCUGCUGAGUGAUACUAGACUUUUUAUCCUGUAACAGUGAUCUGUCAAAAUUAUUAUUCGGCGUUAUUUCGUGAUGUUGACGGAUAAGAUCCUUGAUGUGUCACUUCAUUCAGCCCUGAAUGGUUUAUUUUACGUUUUUAAAUCGACGCGUCGUUACCGUCCGCACAAUGGCUCUUCGAGUGAUUGCUCAACUGCCGGUGUUGUCAUGCUAGAUGGAGGUGUUUCAUAGUACGAUCGUUUGUUGCUCAAAUUUGCCACUGGCUGGUGAAAAUAGGUACGGAGGAAGGAAACGAGAGAGAGAGAGAUGGGGAAGAGCCCGUGAUUGUGUAAACCGAUGCCACAUUCCAUUUUACUUCUGCAUACUUUAUGAGACAGAGCAGUGAAUCUUAUAGGUUAGGAUGCAGGCAGUCAUUGGUCGCGUCCUGGAAUGAAAUUUACAAAAUUAAUUACUAAUGAAAGUGCUACUCUAGUGAUGUCAAGAAAGUGAAAUGGUUGUGAUAAAAUGAUGACAGGUUGUCUGUUUCUAUUCUAUUAUGACCAGUUACGCAGUUUUUGUAGACUUUGGGGACAUUCCCCUGUCUUUUUCACUCCGAUAGUAAACGAAUAUUCAAACGCCGCCUCAAUAUUAAAUGCGUUUUCUAUUUUUCAUGCACUACUUGCUUUUCCGCCUUACAGUGAUGCCAGUGGUAACUGACAAGUUUCUUUACGUUCGGCUAGGAAUGUGUUGAACAGUGAUCAAAAGAUUUCAAAUUCCUGCACGUAUCGAUCUUCGAUAGUUCGUAAUUGCAAUUUUGUAUUUUGCUCUAAGAAUUGUACUUACUCGUCACUAUGGUGAUUCGUGAGUCUAAAAAAAAAAGUAAUACUCAGUGCUCUAAUAUCGAGGCAAGGACGAUUCUUUUGUACAGUUUAUACAUGGACUAAAUAUUUCCAAUCGAGUUGUGUAGAGAAUUGGAGUUAACAUGAGUAUGUAGCGAUUUUUAAAGAGAUCCUACUCUUAGUUGAGAUUUCUCGACGGAGGAACUUGAGGUCGAGAUAGGUUCUACCGUCUUGCUUUAUUUUCUGGAAAUAAUUAGUUCACAUGUAUGUCGUCUGAGUAAGAAUUAAAGGGGUUUGGUAACUAUCCAGAGUAAUUACACGUGUGUGGUAACCGUGCCCGUGUGCACUCAAAUUUACGUAAACAACGAUCGUACACAAAUUGAGUUUAAGUCGGAUAAUUUCUUGGCUGUACCAGAAAUUAACGCGCUUCGUUUUACAGACUUAAUAGGUUAAAACUAGUACAAAUUCCACUCUCGAGUACUGUUCUAUCAGUCAAGAUACACCAAGGCAAGCCUCGAUAUCAUUUUUCCAUUUUCUCGCGAUGAAGCAAUUCGUGAAACGAGCGUUGAGGUUAAGAUCCGUAGUCGUUACGCUUAGUGGCGUCGAUAUCGAAACGGCUAAGCACACCUCGGGUAACGAUUACUCCACAAGUUGGUUACUUCGGUGAAUUUCGAAACUCGGUUUCGCGACAGGUCCAUCGUAGCUCGUGCCGGAGUAAUUGGUUAAAGGUGCCUUAUAUGUAGGGAGUGCGAUGGCAACGGCGAGAGCGAGUGUUUUAUCGUGUCGAUCGCGAGUGCGCGACGGAGCAUAUUAUAUCCCAUAUAUCGGAACCGCGGACGAACGAAAGCGAAACGGGCUUGCUAAUUGUACAUACAAUAAUGGAUAUUCUGGCUGGAAAAUAGUUAGCUUUCGGCGAUAAGCAAUUGUAACAUAAUGGGACGCGUCCUUCUCGAGUUUCUAGGUUAAGAUGCAACGGACGAUCUUUCGAAGUCGACGCGACGUGACUUUAACGGGAGAUGAAUACUCAGACAUAUUUCCUACUAUAUGUAAACGUUACUAUUAAUUCUGAUAGUCUUAACGGUCGAUCCUAGGCGAACCUUGCAAAAUCACUAAUGAAAGUUUUUACAUGUUCUUAUCACGUAACUCGGUAGAUGCAUUACGGAGUAUCGUAGCUGUGCAGAGACGAUUAUUUAAAAUAGUAUUUCUUCGUUACGUACAUUAUCAUUUACAUGGAUAAGUUAUAGCAGAGAAUGUAUGUAUGUGUAUAUAUGUAUAUACAUACAUAUAUAUAUAUAUAUAAAUUUCGAGAGCAGGAAGGUUUCUUUUCUUGUUAAGAAACUGAGAUAAACCGAACGUCAAAUUGAAAUCAAAGUCACGGAGUAACGGGCCAAUGCGCAUGAGAUAUGGGCUCUCCGACUUCCAAGUGUCUUAUCUCUCUACCUAUUUUACGAUUUCUUUCUUGUAUAAUCCAUUUAACGAUAGAAACGUGGACUAGGUCUGUGAGCAUACUCUUACAUUUCACUCCGUUCGCGAGUACGGAGGGGAAACGCCUGUUCUGCAUUCGAGCGAAGCUAUGCUUACUCUAAAGUAUCCAUCGUUUCGUUACCCCGUGGAGAAUCAGAGUUAAGCUUUUCUGACUAUUACGAUGAUUUCAUUCCUGGUCUGCCUUGCUCUUCAAGAAGGGCUAGCGAUAAUAUUAAUUAUUAAAUAAAUAUGAAAACUAA